UCACAUCGCUAGCUAUGCCACCUAAUAUUGUACAACAACAACAACGACCAGAUACACUAACUGUAAUGGGAUUAUCUGUGGUAAAUGUUAUCUCUUGGAUCUCGUCGGCUGCCAUGGUGUUCGGUGGAGUGGUUCCUUAUAUCCCUCAGUAUUGGGAUAUUUGGAAAUCAAAAAAUGCGGAUGGYUUUUCCAUUCAUGUUUGUUUAGCUUUGCUUAUCGCCAAUAUUCUUCGUAUUCUCUUUUGGUUUGGUCGUCAAUUUGAAACMCCAUUGCUUUUACAGAGUUUUAUAAUGAUCGUUGCAAUGCUUGCCAUGYUGCAACUUUGUACGAAGAUUAAAAGAGAAACCGACUUGUUGGGAAAAAGAAGAUCAUUUCUUGAUUUCAACGUAGACCAUUUCUGGAAUUGGACUCAUUUUUCAGACUAUGUGUUAUGUUUGUGUAUAUUUGUGGCUCUCAGUGGUUAUGUUACGUAUUUAUGUCUGGAAUCGUUCAUCUAUAUAGAGACCAUUGGCUUCUUAGCUGUCUUUACUGAAGCCCUGUUAGGCGCCCCUCAGUUUUAUCAAAACCAUCAAAAGAAAUCUACUAUAGGAAUGAGUGUGAAGAUGGUUGUCAUGUGGUUAUCAGGAGACUCAUUCAAGACAUGUUACUUCAUUGUCAAGAAUGCACCAAUACAGUUCUGCAUUUGCGGCAUGCUCCAAAUAUUAAUAGACAUUUCCAUCCUUAUUCAGGUUUAUACAUACAGUUCUGAGGCAAGCAGACACAUGAAAUAGCCUGGCUGGUAUUCAAACGAUUCUUUAUUUGCAGCUUACUUUUAGUAGAUUAUAUUUCAGAAAUAUAUUCUUUAAUUUUAUAAACACAUUAGUCCCUUUUCCCAUUAGGUAAAAUGCUGCCAUGUUUUAUGAAUGAAGACAGCCUAUCUUAAAAGCAAAUCAUUUGCAAAAGUCAGCUGUAAUGUAAAAGAAUGUGGAGCUUGAACAAUAYUGUUUUGAAAUCCCAAAGGCUUUUAAUGAUAUUAGAYGGCGAGCAUUCCAACUUUUCYGUUUGUACUCGGUAAAGACAGGGUCCCUACUUUUCCUCUCCCUACCCCCUGACUAACUCCCUUCCAAUCUUCGAGUGUCCACUGGGAUCCUAAAAACUCGAGGAAGCUGAUCCCUACGUCUUCAGAGGCGGAUCCAGGAAUUUUAUAAAGGGGGCGAUUAUUACAUAUAAAUUCGAGGAAAAGUGGGGUGACUGUUACUAACAAUAUACUGAGAAAUUUGAGUAAUAGGGGGAGACUUAUUGUCACCUCUUUUACUACCCCUAGAUCUGUCCCUGGUCUUAAGGUUGCUUAAAGUCAAAGCUGACUGUAUUAGAGAGGGCCAUGAUAGUGACUUUUGUUAGAUGUGCAGAUGUGUUGAUAGUUACUUUUCUUCACCCAUGAAAGUAUAGUGGUAAACGUAAUACAUAGUAGUAGAUGUAAAUUCCAUUGUCUUCUUUUAUUUUACUUUCACUAAUUACCUUUUACAACUUUGUUUUGUGGGCUAAGUAAAAUAACUUUAAUGUAUUGAAACUAA